AUGAAACAUUAUCUUCCCUCAGCGCCAUCUCCCGACACUCUCAUUCUACCCGUUCAUGAGUUACAAGUGUCUAACGUACUUUCACGCAUUCCAUCAGCAACGCUCGUUCCAAACUUCGAACGGCAAUGCGUUGCUCAAUCCUCUAUUCGAACAGUCGUGCCUCAGCUUGGCUCUGAUUUGCCUGGCUUUCUUCUCAAACUGGCGCUGACAAUAUGCACGACUGGUGCAUGGCGAACUAUCUCUCAUUAUUCUGUCUACAAUAGUCCUCGUAUUACUCCACUCGCAAAAUUCAUUGCUCCCGAGUGUCUUGUCGUGUUGGGUGAAGUUGCAUCGAUUGGCUCGAAUGCCACUGAUGAAAUGGUAAGCAAACACAUUGCUUGUAUUAUACGUGAAGAUGCUGAAGCACUCAUGCCCAAUGAAUCGAUUAUAGUGGCACAAGCUCUCGUUGAGAAAACACCUAAUGAUGAUAUGCCUCUUGUUCGAAUCAUCUUUCAUCUUGAUACUGAACAGAAAUGUAUCGACUUCCUCACGCGAUACUCUGAACUCGCUUGUGCUGCCUUUCUUCCACCCAUGCUCGAACAUGGAUUUUGUUUUGAAGCACACGGACAAAACACGCUUGCCAGAUUCGAUAGACAUACAGGACAGCUAAUUGGUUUUGCUAUACGAGACUUUGGAGGUAUUAGGAUCCAUCGAGAACAAUUCGAAAGUACAACUCCGUUUAAGCUCGAUGUUUUACCUGGUUCAUGCAUUGUCACUGAUGAUAUAAUGGAAGUCUACAUGAAACUAUUUCAUUGUUUCAUUCAAAAUCAUAUGAACCGGCUAGUGCGUGCGUUGGAUCUUCAUUAUUCGCGUAAAGGUUGGACAGUUGUACGUAAAGCUGUUGAGAAAUAUAUAACUGUCACGUCGCCAGCAGCAAAUGCGUGGCUAAAGGAAACGGUACCGCUCAAAGCAUUUCUCAAAAUGAAACUUGCUGAUAAAUAUAGGGAUUACAUUUACUGUGAAACACCCAAUGUUCUCGCAUUAGCUGAGAAGGACGAGGAAAAGUGA